AUGAAAAAGCUCCAAGGUCCAAUAGCUUGCACUUAUUUAAUAAAAUCUCCCAAUAAUGAGAUUAUCGAUAAGGUAACGAAUAUUUACUACAAAAAAUCGCGAGCAUUAUCCUUAUUGAAACAUAUUAGAAGAGCAGUGAAGCGAUGCCAUCAGAAGUCAAUAACUCAUAUUGAUAUGUAUACAGACGACGAUAAAAUUUUUGGGACUUUUGAUAAAGUUUGAAAAUGGAUUAAUCAGUUGUAUCAGCAAAGAUUAAAAACUAAUGGACUUUUAAGCCGCUUGGGAAUGACUUGCAAAUGAAGAUGGGUGCUGAAAGUCGCCAAUGCGGAGGCCAUUAAGAUUGCUAGAGAUGAGUUUGAGAGAUUAGUUAAGAAUGAAUCUGAUGAAUCUUCUGCGUCUUCUAAUGAAGAAGAAAAAAAUGAAUUAGAAGGAAGCCUAUAA